AUGAUUCGCUUUUUGGAUGUGCUACCUCGAGCAAUCCGAAUCAAAUGGAAGGCAACUGUCCAGACAAACUUGGGCAGAUUCCGUUUUACUGGUGACCAAAAGUCAGGCAUUAAUGGCGAUUCUUUGCAUUCACCUUCAAAUGAGUCACAACAAAAUGAGGCACAAAACAUAGACAACAGAAAUGGUAAUUCUGUUUUAAGGCUUUUUAAUUUCACUGAUAAACAAAGAUGGAAUCAAGAUGAGAGCUUUUACAGAUGGCCAUUCUCCCUUUCAAGGACUUUUGGUGUGAUUGGCUGGGGAACAGUAGUGGCUUUUGGGUUGCAGUUCAACAAAUAUCACUUGAAUUGGAGGACUGAUUCAAACAAUUUAGAGAUUUCAUGGCUCAAAUAUAUUACUUACGCACUGCCUCUCAGCAGAACCUCCAUUUUGGAUUUUGAUAAGAAACCUUCCCACAAGUCAUUUAAUGAAUUCAAGCAAGAAGAAUCUCCACAAAAGAAAGAAGAACCUGAUUCCCUCACUGACAAUUUGUCCAAUAUGGUCAUGAAUUGUGUUGCCAUUGGUGAGAAUAUAAAAGGAAUCAAGGCAGCAGAAGGCGGAAACUUUCAGACAGCAGUUGAACAUUGGAAGAAUUCCUCUAAUAUUGGAUAUUCCAAAUCCAACUUUAAUUUAGGGCUCUGUUAUGAGACAGGAAGAGGAGUCAAUAAAGACCUGAGAAAGGCAAUGGAGCAUUACCAAAAGGCAGCAGAUCAGGGCCACUGCCAGGCGAUGUACAAUUUGGCUCUAUUAUGCUUUGAUUCUGAGAACAAGCAAGAGGAUUCUCACUUAAAGAAAGCCAUUAACCUUUUGGAACAUGCUGCAAAACUUGGUCUUCCACAGGCGCAAACUUACAUUGGUGUUAUUUAUGCUGAAGGUGAAACAAACAAUUUCUCCAAAGCCGUGGAGAUGUUCACUGCUGCUGCUCAACAGGAGGAUAGUGAAGCUUUCUACUACCUUGGCAUUUGUUUUGAGAAUGGACUUGGAGUUGAACAAAGUGAAUCCAAAGCUGCUGAAUAUUUUCUCAAGGCAGCUGAGAGUGGACAUUCUGAAGCUCAAUUCUCUGUGGCCAGAUUCUACGAAAAAGGAUUAGGAGGUUUGCAAAAAGAUGAGAAACUUGCUGAAGAAUUUUACUUGAAAUCAGCCAACGCUGGAAAUGAAAAUGCUCAACAAAAGUUGCAGGAAAGAUUACAUGAAAGUUCUGGCCAUGUUCAUGAAGCUCUAAACACAUCUUCAAUGGCUGUCUUGAAUUCAAAAGUGAAGGUAUUGACUAAUUCCUUCUCUUCCAUGCUUACCAAUUCUGUUUCAACUCUGCAGGCAUAUUUCAACAUUAACAACAGCGUCACCUACCAAGAGAGUAAUGUUGACAUCUAUUUAACAGAAAAUAUGAAAGACAAUGAAGAACAACUCAACACUCACCUGCAGUAUAUGCCGCACUGUUGCCCCACAAAAGAGACUCCUUUUAUCUCAGUUUCUGUCCCUAUUGAAAUUUUUACACCUAAACAGAAAACUUGA